AUGGAAACCAAUCUUGCCACGGAGAAGGUAGAUCUCGCGAAAGCAAAACGAGAUUUAUUGCUACGAUUUAUCAAAGAUCAAGAACAACUUCAGACUAGUCAAGUUGGGAUCAAAGCAAGCAACAACGACGAAACUUUCGAUAUUCUUGAUGGCAUAGCGGCCACAGAAGAUAGUUCAAACAAUGGCGGCAUUGCUAACACCACUCAUGAGCGAAGUGAACACAAGAAAGUCGGCUUGGAAGACAUGCGGCGCAUACCAAGAAGUCAAACAUGUAUGCCAAACUUUAGAACACAAAACGAAGGUUCUGCUUUAGAGGAGUUAAAAGAAGACAAGCUUCAUUACAGACUGAAAAGUGGUAAAAAGUUGCAAAACAGAAUGAACUCUGGUGAGAGGCCUUCGACUGAAGGUUCCUUUAGAAGACUUAGAUCUGCUCCAACAUUUACUGAUCGACAACCGAGACACUUUAUUCGUUCAGGAGAUAUUGAGGUAAAAACAAGAAAAGUGUCUUCACUCAGUAUUGUGGUUCCCAAAGAAAGUGACAAACUGACAAGGCGAAGAUCUUCUCUAACUUGUGCCCAGGUGACACGACCUCGGGUGGGCAUUUCAGCAGUAGAUGUGGAACUAUUUGAUAAACAUACAGUUCCUUCUAUCGCUGGACCUUAUACAAUGUUCCAUUUACCACCCAUUGCUUCAGACAGCGCCCCAACACCGCCAUCAACGUAG